AUGUGCGCUGUAAAGAGAGGUCAUCAUGAAGCCGUUAGCUUUCUCCUGCAACACGGAUCGCCAAUUGAUCUGAAAGACUCGAAGCAUAGAACGUGUUUACAUGUGGCCGUUUACAGCUCUGAUACGAAGACACUUAAAAUUAUUAUUCAGGUCAAAAGGCUAGAUAUAAAUCUUAACAUGGUCCUGAAGAUCAGAGCAAUUGGCGCAAACGUCUUAUGAUGUUGGAUGCAAAAUAGUUAAAGUCAAUUUUAACGAGUCUGUUAGGGUAGAGUUUAUAAAUGUCUUUUUAGAUGUUAGUUGCAUCUCAGGCGAAUAUUGCCCCGACUGCACUAUUAAAGCAUUUAGUCAAGCGUUAUAAAAGUUGCUUAGCCUGCUGGAACUCUGGAUAGUUCUUUCAAAAAAUGGGCUUGGCGGAGUCAAAGGAUUAAGGUUUUAAGUAGACGCAAAUAUUCAAGCUGCAAAUUGCUCUGACGAAUUCAGAGAGUCAGCAAGUUAAGCAAUAAAAUAGUAAUAAUAACAAUAAUAAUAAUAUAAUAAAGGAAAUAAAGGGAGAUGUAAAGAAUCAAACAUAAGAGGACACAGAAAAAAUCUGAGCCCCAGAUGGGAUUCUAGAUCGGUCGUGGGGUCGAAUCCCAUCUGGGGCUCAGAUUUUUUCUGUGUCCUCUUAUGGUUGAUUCUUUACAUCUCCCUUUAUUUCCUUUAUUAUAUUAAUACCAGUGGAAUAAUAAUAAUAAUAGAAAAUGAAUUCAAAUUUCGAAAGACUUUACUUGGGUCAUGUAGCUUUAGUCUCCGUAGAUGACGUAACCUGACCCCGGCUUCGUUCCGUCUGUGGCAAAGGCUAUCCGGUUUUUUAAUAAGGAAUGUUCUCACCAGUUGUUUCUGAUAUUCAUUGCUUUGCAUGGGUGAAAUCUCUUUUGGAAACUAGGCAGGAGGAAAAUGCUUAUUAAACAGUCGGGACAAGAAUGACAAAACGCCUUUGCACUAUGCUGCAACAAAAGGAAACUUACAGGUGAGUGAUCGUUGGCACAUUGGAAAAGUUAUAUACCUUAUAUGAUAAGAUGUGACCACUAGUUCAGUUAACAUUCUAGGCUUCUAACUGGUUACCUAGCAUCCUUUUCAGAUUUUUAAGUCGUCAUUUCUACAAUUUGAAAUAUUUCUUUGAUAUAUUUGGUCGGCUCCACUAGGCAGAAAAAGAACAUUUUGAAGCCUUCCACCUACGUAAGAUACUUGCAGAGUCGCUUGUAUUAUCGAGGCUUGAUUAUUGUGACUCGGUCUAUUCACCUUUGCCAGGAUAAUAGACCUUGUCACGGUUUUCGGAUCGACGCCGCCUUGACGAGUAGGUAAACGCGUGAGAAAUUACAGUGUUUGUAUGAGAAUGUAAUGUCGAAUAAUUUCCGUAAAAAGGCUGUUCUGAAAAAAAAUAUCAAUUGUAAACUAAAGCUACAAAGCAAAGGAUUGUACUAAAAAAAUUUGGGGGCGUACCUGUGCUUAAAUUUCUCCAGAGGCUUGCUUUAGAUUUUCCAUAUAUUUGUCUGUAAUUUUUCUCUGGACUUUCUUACAGACGAAUGUAUAGAAAAUUUAAAAGUGGUUCUAGGUCGUCUAGCGCAUGUAACGCCCUCAAUUUUUUUCGGUAAAAUCCUUAGGAGUGAAACUUUAGUUUAAAAUUCAACUUUUUUUCAGAACAGUCGUUUUACGGAAAUUAUUCGACAUUACAUUCUCAUACAAACACUGUAAUUUCUCACGCGUUUACCUACUCGUCAAGGCGGCGUCGAUCCGAAAACCGUGACAAGGUCUAUUAUCCUGGCAAAGGUGAAUAGACCGAGUCACAAUAAUCAAGCCUCGAUAAUACAAGCGACUCUGCAAGUAUCUUACGUAGGUGGAAGGCUUCAAAAUGUUCUUUUUCUGCCUAGUGGAGCCGACCAAAUAUAUCAAAGAAAUAUUUCAAAUUGUAGAAAUGACGACUUAAAAAUCUGAAAAGGAUGCUAGGUAACCAGUUAGAAGCCUAGAAUGUUAACUGAACUAGUGGUCACAUCUUAUCAUAUAAGGUAUAUAACUUUUCCAAUGUGCCAACGAUCACUCACCUGUAAGUUUCCUUUUGUUGCAGCAUAGUGCAAAGGCGUUUUGUCAUUCUUGUCCCGACUGUUUAAUAAGCAUUUUCCUCCUGCCUAGUUUCCAAAAGAGAUUUCACCCAUGCAAAGCAAUGAAUAUCAGAAACAACUGGUGAGAACAUUCCUUAUUAAAAAACCGGAUAGCCUUUGCCACAGACGGAACGAAGCCGGGGUCAGGUUACGUCAUCUACGGAGACUAAAGCUACAUGACCCAAGUAAAGUCUUUCGAAAUUUGAAUUCAUUUUCUAUUAUUAUUAUUAUUCCACUGAUAUUAAUAUAAUAAAGGAAAUAAAGGGAGAUGUAAAGAAUCAACCAUAAGAGGACACAGAAAAAAUCUGAGCCCCAGAUGGGAUUCGACCCCACGACCCUCCGUGCUCUAGAUCGGAUGCUCUAACCUCUGAGCUACUGACGACUCGUUAGCGAGCAAGGGUCAUUUUUGUGGGUUGGACUUGCGAACCGCAUCUCGCAGUCACACAGUCCAUCACAAGCAACACAUUAAGGCUUAACUGUAUCACACAGUCACAUUAAUAGCAAGAAAUGUCUCACCCAUGAAGGAGCCUCCAACCAACCAACCUAUGCCACUGAUAUUAAUAUAAUAAAGGGAAUAAAGGGAGAUGUAAAGAAUCAACCAUCUGGGGCUCAGAUUUUUUUUUUCUUGCUAUUAAUGUGACUGUGUGAUACAGUUAAGCCUUAAUACGUUGCUUGUGAUGGACUGUGUGACUGCGAGAUGCGGUUCGCAAGUCCAACCCACAAAAAUGACCCUUGCUCGCUAACGAGUCGUCAGUAGCUCAGAGGUUAGAGCAUCCGAUCUAGAGCACGGAGGGUCGUGGGGUCGAAUCCCAUCUGGGGCUCAGAUUUUUUCUGUGUCCUCUUAUGGUUGAUUCUUUACAUCUCCCUUUAUUUCCUUUAUUAUAUUAAUACCAGUGGAAUAAUAAUAAUAAUAGAAAAUGAAUUCAAAUUUCGAAAGACUUUACUUGGGUCAUGUAGCUUUAGUCUCCGUAGAUGACGUAACCUGACCCCGGCUUCGUUCCGUCUGUGGCAAAGGCUAUCCGGUUUUUUAAUAAGGAAUGUUCUCACCAGUUGUUUCUGAUAUUCAUUGCUUUGCAUGGGUGAAAUCUCUUUUGGAAACUAGGCAGGAGGAAAAUGCUUAUUAAACAGUCGGGACAAGAAUGACAAAACGCCUUUGCACUAUGCUGCAACAAAAGGAAACUUACAGGUGAGUGAUCGUUGGCACAUUGGAAAAGUUAUAUACCUUAUAUGAUAAGAUGUGACCACUAGUUCAGUUAACAUUCUAGGCUUCUAACUGGUUACCUAGCAUCCUUUUCAGAUUUUUAAGUCGUCAUUUCUACAAUUUGAAAUAUUUCUUUGAUAUAUUUGGUCGGCUCCACUAGGCAGAAAAAGAACAUUUUGAAGCCUUCCACCUACGUAAGAUACUUGCAGAGUCGCUUGUAUUAUCGAGGCUUGAUUAUUGUGACUCGGUCUAUUCACCUUUGCCAGGACAAUAGACCUUGUCACGCUUUUCGACGCCAUCUUGACGAGUAGGCAAACGUGUGAGAAAUUACAGUGUUUGUAUGAGAAUGUAAUGUCGAAUAAUUUCCGUAAAAAGGCUGUUCUGAAAAAAAAUAUCAAUUGUAAACUAAAGCUACAAAGCAAAGGAUUGUACUAAAAAAAUUUGGGGGCGUACCUGUGCUUAAAUUUCUCCAGAGGCUUGCUUUAGAUUUUCCAUAUAUUUGUCUGUAAUUUUUCUCUGGACUUUCUUACAGACGAAUGUAUAGAAAAUUUAAAAGUGGUUCUAGGUCGUCUAGCGCAUGUAACGCCCUCAAUUUUUUUCGGUAAAAUCCUUAGGAGUGAAACUUUAGUUUAAAAUUCAACUUUUUUUCAGAACAGCCUUUUUACGGAAAUUAUUCGACAUUACAUUCUCAUACAAACACUGUAAUUUCUCACACGUUUGCCUACUCGUCAAGAUGGCGUCGAAAAGCGUGACAAGGUCUAUUGUUUUAAGAAACGUCUUCAAAAAAUUGAAUUUGCUGCCGCAAGUUUUUUUUAUGGCAGGUAAGUUAAUGAUAUUAGAUACAUUUUAAACAGCUUAACUGGAUCCCAACUGAAGAAAGAAGGGACUUUAAUUUGCUUAGGUUGACUUUUAAAGCACUUGGCGCUAAGUAGUGGCCUUCAUAUUUAAACUUACAGAGAGUCUCUAUAUGUAGAAGUUUGCGCUCUCCGGGCUCUGUAAGACUAAAAGUUCCUCUGGAAAAAGGAACAUUCCAGGACACUGCGGCUGCCCUUUUUAAUUACCUUCCUGGUAAUCUUAAAAGUGUGACGAUUUUUUAUUUAAAUUCUUAAAGAACCGGGCACAGGCCAGCUUAUCUUAAUUGUACUUUAUUAUUUUCUCUUUUAAUCGUUAUUUAUUCUAUUUUUAAUAUUCAUUUAUUGUAAUAUUUGAUACAUAUUUUUUUAUUUUUUAGCUAGUAACAGAUAAAAAUCCACAAUGUGGAAACCCUGUUAUAAACCGAUUAAGCGAUUACUUACUUACUGCUUGUAAGCAGAAACCUUAAUUAAAAAAUUAAGACCACAGUUUCAUCAUCACGGGACCCAAGUGAGCCGACCUAAGCUUUUGUAACCACACCAGUCGACGUGGUUUUUCAAAGAACAUAACUUAAAAGAAUGAGUUUUUUAUUCGAGAUGAUAAUUGCCAAAUGAAGUUAAGAUGGAAUCCGCGUUACAAAAUUUCGUUCUCUGUCUAAUAAAUAACUUCUUAUUUGAUUGAUUUAACAGAUAAUUCAAGAGCUUCUUCUAGCAGGUGCAACUCCGGAUGUCAAAGACGAAGAUGAACGUAUUCCCUUACAUUACGCUGUAGAGUGAGUGAAAAAUUAUCGCUAUCAUUCAGCCGGCUUAAAACUGCGUCAUCUAGUCGACGUAGUACUAAGAACUGUGGGCCUUCUCAGACCACGAGGGUCGACCUGUCGAAAGGAUUCCGGAUUCUCUAAGGAUUGUCGCUGUUUCUUUUUCAACUUUUCCCCUCGUGUGACAAUAAGCUGUAAGUUUAUAUUUGUAUUUUCUUCGUAGCAAUAUCGUAGAGUUUUAUCUUUUUGCUUAAAAUGUAACUGAAGAUGGUAUUCGCUUUCAGUUGAACCGCUUUCGGUAGCUUCUUAUUUCUCAAGCGUGUUCAAACAACAACGAGAGUCUACGAUAAAGUCCAGUGUGUACAUGUUCACGUUCAUUUAACUCUACACAUCCAACUCCACUACCAAUAACACCGGUAGAGAAAAUAUAGGGGACUAGUUUAAAAGAUGGUAAGGCUAACCACGUAUCAAUCGAAAGUCGGGUAUAAUAAUACUUUCUGAGAGCCCUUUUUCAUUUUAAUUGCUACAACUGCCUUACCAACCGACUAUAACAGUUCACUACGACACCAAGUUUUUAGCAUUUUAACCCACUGAGUGCAUACAAUGAUCCUAACAGAAUGCAGUGCGCGUGUCACAUCCUAACCUACUAAAAUGGUUUUCUUUUUUUGAGUUUCCGUAAAUAAUAGUGCAUAAAUUGUCCGUCCUUUGUUGGGAGGUUACAGGUUCGCAUCACGCGAAAGCUACUCUUCAAAGACUGGCCACUCUAAACGUAGUGAUCACUGUAUAAGGUACCGAAGAAAGACUAGAUCAUUAAUUUCUGGUCUCCAAUGAGAUUUUGACGCAUUCCUUCUUUCUUUAGAAAUGGAGACCUUUCUUGCGUUCGUAUUUUGUUGGAAGCUUGUCCUGACUCCAUUCACGCCACCGAUUUCCGUCUUCAGAGCUGUUUACAUUUUGGGGCGUCUCACGGUCAUUUUGGUUUGGUUAAAUAUCUUCUGGAACAAGGUGCUCCUAUAGACAGCAGGUAAAGGGUCCUGUAAAUGUACUCACGAAAAUGGGAGUAAGAGUGAAAAAAGAUAUACAUUCUUUAAUCUUAUCAUUUUCCUCUUAACUUGUUUCAUAUUAUGUUAAAAAAGCACAGAAUUGUCAGGUUUGUCAACUUGAAGGUGACCUUUCUAAAAACAAAAAGUGAAGCUAACAUUUCUGUCUUUUGGUCUUGUACAGUCCUGAGUGUUGUCAACGAACACAUCAUUGGUAUUUGAACAGUCUCGAAAAAGACAAUGCACGUGUUUCUUUUCGCAAAACUUUUGUUUUGGUGCCGUUCUUGACACUGUGGUGGCAGUAACCAACCAAAAUUACUUUAUUUUGUUAUCUUAUUUCAUUUUAUUUAGCUUUACCAAAAUAUAAGGGAAUACAAGUGUCAAACACUACAGAGUCUGGUAAAUAUAACUCAGGGAAGCCAACGCGACUUUCGCUCAAGAAAAGAUAUUAUAUAACUCGCCGCAUUUAAGUUUUGUCCGAACAAGUAAGUUGAAGUCUGCUAACAUAUUUGUCCGCACCACGGCGACAUUAAUCGGUACUCUUGUUUUCCGGGUAACAUCUUCCACAUCAUUUAGCGCUGGGUACAGAAGUAGUAAGCUCAUAUUACAUUUUUAUGGACUUGUGUUGGGAUUGUUACUUUUAGGUUUUACUUCCUUUUGUGUCUCUUUCCUAGAUGUGAUGAGCGUUUAACUCCACUAAUCCAAGCAGCAUUCAGAGGUUGUCCAUUAACUUCUGGUAUUUUGCUCGACCAAGGAGCAAAGAUUGAUGCUGCCGAUAAAAAUGGGGUAUGUUAAGUUUGAAAGGUGAAAAAUGCACAUUUCAAAUAGAGGAUGUGAGCUUGUAAGUAACUAAGAGACGUAUUAGUCGUUAUUCGCACAUCGUGGGAAACGACAUUUCUAGCGUCAAUUCUCUCGCUGUUAUGAAUGAAAUUUCGCUGAUGAGAAGACAACAGAAGUGUCUUCCUCACAUUAAAUAUUAAUAUAUUUAAGGGUAAGGUUGGACGUCAGCGUACAAGGGCGACCCCUAGAAUCUGCUAUCGGUACAUUUAUGAGCUCACUGUAACACGCCCAGCCCAUGAUAUAAAUAUAUAAAUAUAUGUGGAAUGAGGUAGACUACACCACCGGGGAAAACUUUCCCUGACGUUUUCGAACAAUAGUGUGGGUUCUUUUGCGUCCCGUUCAAUUUGACCCAAUGAACGAAGGACGAAGGACACGAGGCAAACGGCUUAACUUCACUGCUAAAUGACGCUAUAUUCUGAACUACUGCCAGCAUGAUCUGGUGUGAACCUAGGUCCUCCCACUUGCAGAGAAGAAAACCGAAGCUGCAAACUUAUGCAAACAGGAUCCACUGGGCUUGUGUCUACGGUUUUUAGUUAAAAGGAAGUUAAAUGUUUAUGUUGUGAUAUUUUUUGUUUGUCUAUAUUCAAAUGUUAUUUAUAACACCCCUUCUCGUUUCAUAUCAACAACCAAGAACACAGCUCUGAUUGCGGCAGCAUCCUGUGGCAGGGUAAAGGUUCUACGGUUGUUGCUCGACAGAGGAGCAGAUCUGGGUGUGUUCACCGGAUGUGGAAAGUCUUGCCUAGAAACUGCAAUAGCAAACGGCCACCAAGAAGUGUGUAUGGAGAUAAUCAAACACGAGAGGUGAUAUUUACACAGACCAAAGUUCUAAAAGAUAUGUUUUACAAUAUAAUAUACAACGCAAUAGGUCUGUCGGGAACAAAACAGUCUAAGUCUUGAGAGGAUUACGUAUUAUUGAGCCAACCAUAGAAGACGAACUUUGGUUUGUAGUGAUGUGAGUGACUAGACAAAAUUUUCGAUAAAAUGUUCUCUUCUUUCUGCAGGUGGAAGGAGGCAUUUCAGCGUUGCAAUGAGAAAAGCAGUUUUAUUCCUUUAAAAGGUCUGAUCGAGACUUUUCCUCUUGCGGCAAAGGUAAAUGAUAUAAACCGAAGACUAAAAAAACUUCCUUAUCGCUUUGUCAUUCUCCUUUUAACAAAUAGUUAAGAAAUGAUAGGAGAGGGAAAGGAGGGGGUUUUGGCCUUAUGUCUAAAUCCCUGUUGGGGACUUUCCCCUCCUUAGUACACUGUUCAAUGGUAUAUUUAGCAUACCAGGACCUACUUGUCGGUUUCCUUGUGCAAGGGCACUUUGCUGUACAUUUUAUCGACGCGUUGAGUGACAAAGAUGAUAGACGCUAACUCAGGCGGGAAAAACCAGAAACUCUAGACAAAGUUCUUUCCCUUGCUAGAGAACAAAAAUCACACGAUUUUUGGACAGCAAUACUUUGUUUAGGCGGACUGGUGGUAAAAUCAGAGCUAUGGAGACGGAGCGAACACAACUACAAAUGCAAGUUGACGAGCUUGAGGACCGAAUAGAUUAUCAGCAACAACAACUGCAAACCCAGCAAAAUAUCAUCGAUUAGCUGAACCAGUUCUGUGCCCAACUUCAGCCGCAGGCUCCCCACCCCAGAAAUCAAGUGCCAUAGGGUUCCCAAAGGAAGGGAGGAUUGUCAUGCUGGAACUGUGGAGAAAGAGGACACGUGAGAAAUUGAGUGUCCUAAAACAAAUCAUCCAUCGGGAAACGGGAACAGGGGGUCCUUGAUAGCCCAGUAAGAUGCCUGAAUGUCAAUGGGGCCCAAGCAUAAGACACUGAUACUAGCGAUAGUGGAAGGGCUGAAAAUGUGACUGUUGUACUUCAACAAAAAAUCCCGGCUAUAUGGACUUUAUGUCGUUGGAUUUAUUGGACAAUGUAAACUUCUCCAAUUCGUGGACGCGAUUGCCGUGAGAAAGGUUUUAUCCUAUGAAUGCUACAAGAAAUUGCCUGAAAGCUUACAAUUUCCUUAGCAUGAGGAUGGUUCAACAGAUGGGCUUCGAGCCAGUACGUAUGGUACAGUAGAAUUGUCUGUGAGGAUUGGGAGCCAAGAUGUUGGUAUAAGACUGUUAGUAGCUGAUAUUGAGGAUUCCAACUACGGUAUCCUUAACAAGUUUGACAAAUUUGAUGGGAAUCAUGUCGGGGCCUGUCGAACAAUCAGAUCUCAAGGAAUUCAAAGUUUGUAGAACUUCAGAGCGAGAAAAUUCUCUUAGACUGAACAUAGUCCCAUCAGUCUCGGAGAGUGCAGAGACUGCAACUGUUUUUACAAUUCCUUAGUGUCCUUCAUGAGCCAAUUUCAGGACAUGCUUCCGUAACAAAAUUGGGGAAUUACAAUUCUCGAACCACGCAGCAGUAACUGACUAUAAGAACACAGUUCAUUCUUCACAUGAAAAUACGCAGGUAUGUUACAAGCUCUCUAGUCUCCCGUACGCACACAUUCUUUCACAAGGCUUAUUUCUGGGUCUCAUGCUGAAGCCUUCUCGAUCUCGGAAGGUGUCAGAACACAAGGAGCGCUAUUCUCAACUACGCUGCGAACAUGGUCAUAGUGUUCUAUUUCACCACUGGGUACUCUACAAUUCAGCCUUGACAACGCAUCUGUAAUGUUUGUUCUUCCUGGUCUGUAGACCUUAAAGUCAUAGGCUUGCAAGCGAAGAACCUACCGUUCCAAACGAGCGGAGGGCUUUGAUUUCGGUGAAUGUAUGUAUUCCAGCGGCUUAUGAUCUGUUUCUAGUUCAAAAUUCCCUCCAAAAAUGUACAUCUUAAAGCGUUCGCAAGCCCACACCAGUGCCAGGCCUUCUCUCUCUGUCUGGCUGUACCUCCUUUCUACAUCUGUCAGACCUCUUGAAGCAUAAGCAAUAACCCUCCACUCAACUCCUUGCAGCUGAAUCAACACUGCACUUAAACCAACAGGUGAUGCAUCCGCCACAAUCCCUGUCCUACUGUUUACAUCGAAGUAAGCUACUGCCCUUGUACUUGUGAUCAGUUCCUUCAACUUGUCAAAUGCAGCCUGUUGUUCGGACUGCCCUUUGAACUCCACAUUCUUAUGAGUUAGUCUCUAGAUAGGCUCUGCUACAGUGGACAGGUCUGGAAUGAACUUAGACACGCAUUGAGCCAGACCCAGGAAUGAUCGUGCCCCGCCUGCGUUCUGUGAUGGAUCUACAUUCCGGAUUGCGGCGACCUCCUCUCACUAGGUUCUACCCCAUUCUGUGUCACUUGAUGAGCAAAGAAUGUCAACCUUGGUAACCUGAACUCACAUUUGUCCCCAUUCAGUGUCAAACCCACCUCCUUUAACCUAUUGAGCACAACAAAAAGCCUCUCAUCAUACUGCUUAACAUUAUUACCAUAAAUAACUACAAUCAUGUACAAAAGUCUUGGGACACUUUUGCUUUUCUGGGGCGUUUUCCAAUUCACAGAGGCCCAACCCCUCCCCUCAUCCCACAAAGAAUGUUGGACGAGUGUAUCCAGAAUUUUUUCCGAGUUUCAACUUUGUAUAGGGUGGGGUGAGGGAGAACUGCAAGAAAAUUCCGAAAAGGACGCACUGUUUUAAGAGGGAACCGAGAAAUGACAGAAAAAUAUGAACAUUGCAGUACUGUCCCAAGGACUUUUGUCCAGGAUUGUAGUUGAAGUGUAGUUACGGCGUGUCUAGUUCCUGUUUCAUCAGAAGUGACAAAAGAGGGUAAAUCUGAUGCGAACGAUGUUGAAGAUGAUACGAGUAAUGCGGGUGAUGUGCAAGCUAAAGUUGGAACGAGUGAUGCACAUGAGGAGGUGUUACCUAGUGCCUUGCAAAGUACUCAACCGAAAGAGACAGACAGCCGCUGUUAUAACAGUGACAACAGGCUCGAGUGCCACUGGGUUAUCAGUUGUUAACACUGUCAUGUGCUACCCUUGCGAAAUAAAGUCACUAUUUAUAUAUGUAUCUAUCUAUCUAUCUAUCUAUCCAUCCAUCCAUCUAUCUAUCUAUCUAUCUAUCUAUCCAUCCAUCUAUCUAUGUAUCUAUCUAUCUAUCUAUCUAUCUAAAGAGGAGACCUCCAAUCCGCUUCGGUGAUUGGGCAUAACCGCUUAAUUAACUCGAACCUGAACAAUUUUAGCCAUGACACUGUACGAGUUUUCAAACGCUUUGUUGACAUUAUUAUUAUUAUUAUUAUUACUAUUAUUAUUAUAAGUUUUUGAAUCUUCGCGGGUCUUGAGUAGGCCGUCUACAAGGAAACUAGGCACCGUUGUUAUUUGUUUCUGUUCAUGUUAGCACCUUGUAGGCCAUUUCCUUUCAGGGAGGGAGUGGUGUUGCGGAAGCUUUAUACCGUCUAUAACCCUGAUGGGAAAUUUGCCCUCCCUAGUCCGCGAGGGGGAUUUUGUAAAGUAGGUUUCCGGAUGAAUUACACAUGGCUGCUUGUUGAACAUGUUGUGCUUGUAUACUUUUCCGUGUUCACAAAUGAGUUCACCGAGCUCUUCACAGUAUGCAAUCGCUGGGGUAGAAGCUAGUAUUUUGGGGGAAUUAAAUUGUAAUGUGGAUGCCUACCCACAAGAAACGCAAGCAAAGAAUCUCUUAGAAAUUUGAAACCUUUACCAAUACCACCAGGCUAUAAAUGUGGCCACCCGAAUCACUAAAAAAAUCCGCAGUUACUAUUGAUUUACUUAUACCAAAUACCAAAGAAAUCAAUAUACAUUCCCAGGUCUGUCACAUCGGUAUUAGUAACCAUUCUCUUAUAUACGGCCUUAAAAUAUUUUGCUUUCCUAAAUGGAAACCAAAGAUUGUGAAGUCGUAACAAUUAAGGCAUUUCGAUACUGAUUCAUUCCGCGCUUACCUUAGCUUAGCCCCCUGGCACCUAUUUAGUAAUAAUUUUGGAAGACCAACCUAAUUGUGCCUGGGAAAUUUGGUCGCGCCUGUUUUCCGAAAAAUGUGAUUUCCAUGCACCGAAGCGUAGAAGUAAAAUAGGAAAUACCUCUGCUCCCUGGUUAAACUCACAGCUGUAGAGGUUAAUGUCUGAGGAAGAAAUUGAAAAAGGCUGCAAUUACCAAAAAUUCAGAAGCUUAUUGGGCUUAUUGGCCCUGUAAACGUUCCUUCUCUCACCCACAUAAUCAGUUUACCCAUUUGGAGUGGUUACUUUCCAGAUGAGUGGAAAAUGUCUAAAGUAUUGCCUUUAAAUAAGAAGGAUAUAUUAAGUCUGAUCCUAGCAACUUCAAGCUGAGACAAAACUCAACUCUUUCAAAUCCCCUCGACGUGACUUUGUCUUGAACUGGGGACGACUCGAGGGAGUUGAGAUAGUACUUAUUUCAGCUAUAUUGUAGGUUAAUUUUUGUGAAUUUGUUUUCAGAAUAGAUUUUUAUUAUAUAUUUUUUUAACUUUAGUAAAGUUUUUUCUUAAAAAUUUGUUAUGUAAACGGCUCACUGGAAGAACAUUUUUAAUGAAGUCAUACCCCAAAUUAACCUACAUUAUUGUAGGGCCAUUACAGACAAAAUUCACAAACUGAUAUGAACAAACCUACUCGUUCGACUGCUUAAAAUGCUUAGAAGUAGACUCAAAAAUGAGCUGAAAGGCCGUUUGUCAUCCUCAUCAAUAGCACACGCUACUGAGGCACAGGAAAGGGCAGUUGGACUUGUGCCUGUUUCCUGUGACAGAUCAACGUGGUCCUACCAUUACGAUUAAAUGCGUGGUUAGGUGGCAUCUUCGUUUCCUGUUUCUGCAGUGGAUGCAUGUAGCGGAUUACUAUGUAAACAUAUUAGAGGGAGGAUUUUGUUAAGAAUGGCUUCUAAUGAUAGGCAACUCCUUGUAAAAUGUUUUCGCUCAUCUUAUAAAGGGAGCACAUAAAGCUUUUCCUUAUGAUACAAUUGUUUCUUUAAAAAUAACAAUGCUGAAGUUCAUUUAUAUCUACCCUAUAAUGUAAUGAACGCCUACAUGGCAAAACUCCCGUACUCGAACGAAUGAAUACUAAAUAAUUCCCUUGUAAAGAACUCUUAUAAUUUUAAAGUCCAUUAGCAGGUUUUUCAGAAGGCAGCACAUUUAACCAAACCAAUUCAAUGACGCUGUUUUUUAAGGUGGUAAUGGACAAAUGCAUUGAAAGCUCACAACAUCUGAGCUCUGAUGAGGAAUAUUCGGUAAGGAAAACGAAUUUACACAAAGCAGUGAUUUGUUCAUCGUGUGUAAUAAGUUCCUUUUAGUAAUUUUUCUUUUUUCGGCUUACUAGAUAACCUAUAAUUUUGAGUAUGUUACUCCUGAUCCUUCAGUCGUUUGUGAAGGCCGUACUUUUUUUGCACCAAAGGUAAGUGUUGAUCAAAAAAGUUAAUAUAACUUAUAAAUUUAUGUAACUUAUAAAGAUAAAAGCAUUCACUGCCUUUGACAUUGUUGACCAAGGCAUUCUACUCUGCCUACUUGUUUCGGGGUGAAAGGAACUGUGCUCGCCUGGCUGUAGUCUUAUUUCACACCUCUGCCUGUUGGAACGCGGCCUCCUUCAGGGAUCUGUCGUCGGGCCUCUUUUGUAUUUGCUUUAAACUUCGCUGACAUUAUAAAGUGUUCCAAUUCUGAGUAUCAUUUUUACGCAUAUGACACUCCACUUUAUUUGGCAUUACAAAGUGACUCUCUUUAUGAAAUGGCUUCCUGCAAAUCCUUGAUUGAAAAUUGUGUCAGCGACGUCGGUAACUGGAAGGUUAACAACAAGCUAAAAUUGGAUCGACAUAAGACCGAGUUUCUUCUAAUCAGCUCAAGAUAUCGUCCAAGACCUCCCUUGGAGUCUCUCAAAGUUGACAAUACAUGUACAACUGUUGUUCAGACAAAUUCAACCCGUAAUCUUUGGCCCAGCUCAGACGCCGAACUUUUCAUGAGCCGAACCUAAUACGUUGAAGUAAGUACAUGAAGUACUGAAUCAGUUAGGAACGCGUGUUGAUUUGGAACGGCUCAGCCUUUCUUUUCGCCUAGCCCGGCCGGGAAUUUCACCUGUGGAGCGAAUUUGUAACGGCGUUGAUUCAGAUGUCGAACUUUCUUGUACCGAACCUAAUGCAUAUGAGCAUCUUUCGCCUUUUGAACUUAGUUCAGCUGCAAUGAAGAUCGGCGUCUGAAUCAAUUCAGCCGGUCUAAAUAAUUUGGAUAGGCCUUAAUUCGAAUUAGGUUCGGCGUCUGAACCGGGCCUAAGUGCCGUUUUCGAUGCUAGAGCCAUUUACAAGUCUGCACUCAUCGAAUUAAAUCGUUAUUUUUCACAUAAAGAUAGGCUUAACCGCUCCAAAAUGUCUAAGGAAGAAUGAUAUAGCCACAGCUGUGAUUAUAUUAAUGUUGGCAAUACAAAAUUUUUUAAUAGAAAACUGACUAUUUCAAACGGCUGUUACUAACAAAGGCCUCACCUCAAGACAUAACAUCAGUGGGACACUUUAACACACAGUCUGCUGUAACCACUGAUUAACUAUGGAAAAUUUAGGACACUUUACUUAUGAAAUGUAUCCAACGUUCAGUGUGAACCAGUGGUUACUAAAUCAAGCUUAAGACUUGCACUCUUUUAGCAAAGUAUUGGAGCAUUUACAUAUUACAGUGAUUCAGCACCACGUAUUUCAUCUGUGAAACAGUAUCUAGCAAUAAGUGUUAAUAGUUAAAAGUAAACAAAAGAAACAAUGCAAUUAUAGUGUAGAAGUGCAUAGUGGUAUACUAUUCCACUUUAGUGCACAAUAAUAACCUGCUCUCCACUUGGGAGAAGUGCAGGAUGCAGUGCGAGGUCAUUAUUUUCAAGAAAGCCUCGUACUCAGGCAGUGCAUUUUUGUGUGUUUUUGAUCAGAGUAACCCUGUACUCACCUGUCUUUACAGACAAUGCUGGAUCAUGGUCGAGAGGAACUAAUAUUUCAUCCACUUACUAUUGAGCUCAUGAGAUGCAAAUGGUUAGAUUACAUUCCUGUUAAAUUUAAAAUUUAGAUGGCUUAUAUAGUGGAAGUCAGUUCACUAAUUUAGCUUAUAGGUAGUCCUCUUAAAUAUCAUUUGAUUUAAAUACUGGACUGUCAGGGAGAAAACUAGUUGGCUAUUUACAGGGGUAAGAGCGGAGUUAGAGGGGUUUCAAGGGUUAGAAUUUGGAUAAACCACCGCUCCUGAGGUGAACUGAAACGCCCUAACAGAAAGGCAAUUCUAAGCCACUGAUUGUAAAAUUAAGUAACACCAGGAUCGUCUACUUAGCCACCACCCGCUCUUUAGUUCCAUUCUUCUCAUUAUCAUUCUCUUUGCAUUUGUUGAUUUCAUUGUUCUAAUGCUAGUAACCCUCAAAGUUUUGUACGUUUUCGAUGUUGAGUACUAAAAAUUUUGGGUGAGUUGCGUCCCAGACCUCUGAUCUAUGCAAAGACGAGGAAGACAUGAUGAUGACAUGGUUUCUAAAGGACCAGAAGGAGACAUACUAUUUCUUUUAUGAAACCUUGCCUACUGAUUAAUCAUCUUUUUUCAGUGUUCUUUUAUUUUUUACACAGGCAAAGUAUUGGCGUGAGGUUUUUCUACAUAUCUGCCAUACUGUACAUGUUUUACUUGGCAAAUUUGACGAUGUACAUGCUAUGUGUUCAAAAACAACGUUUACUUCAAAGCCAUGCGGAAGGUGACCACGAGCAGACAGCUUCAUUUCGAGAGGUUAUAUACUUACUUGGAAAGCUUUGUAGUUAAAGGUUUUUAUUCGUGUUUGUAGGUUUUAGUUUUGACGCCCACAUUUUUCUUCGACAUAGGGCGUCUGCAUCACCGCUCACGUAGACGUUUGGGAGAUAUUUAUAGCGGCUAUGACUACACUUGGCUUAAUAAAUGAAGCGUACCAAGCAAUUUAUGAAGUAAGCUGCACUGAUUUGCUUAUCAAGUUUCAAAUAGAGCUCGAGUACAUGGUAAUUCAAAGUAGACAGACUGCAAAUUAUCUUAGUUGCUAAAAAAUAUAUAUGGGUUCAAGUUUUGAUCUGACAAUAUGGGUCUUCUUUUUAAUUAGCAAUUGCACAUGAUUAUCUUAUGGGGGUGUUAUUUUGCAGUACAUUUAACAAAAUUAUUAAUCAACUAGAAAUUUCAAAUCCUUUAAGUAUACGAGUAGCUCUCGUCAAGGUAGAUUGUCGUCUAUAUUUGUAAGAGCAUUCUUAUGUUUCUUUCAGAAAUGGCGGUAUAUUGAGACAAGUAACAUGGUGGAAGUUUGCACGUUUUCCACAGCCCUUAUUGCCGUGUUAUCUGAGCAGAUAAUAGGCAUGGAUCUCGCGAAUAAAUACUUUUUCCUUGUCAUCUCCAUUCUUUUCGGCUACCUUACUCUUCUCCUUUAUUUACAAAGGUUAGGCUCAAAUAGCUUUCUCCUAGCAGUGUUUUAAUGACUUCUAAUACCCAUUUGAAACAGAUUAAAGUACCUCCAGAUUCAAAACAUGGCAUUGUGUGAAAUUUGAGGUCAAUGUUUAGGAUUGUAUCCAGAAUUGAAUUGAAUUGACUAAAACUUGAAUAUAAUGGUUUGGAAAUUAAAAAAAUUGCAACCGAACAGCGAAUACGAAAAAAUGGUAAAAUUGGUAGUUGUAUAAGAAAACCAGGAAGAGGAGAAAGGGGAAGAAGAAGAUUUCUUGGUUUGGUGGGACUCUCUUUAAAGUCAAAAAAUCACCCAACUAUAGUAUUAUGCAUUUUUUCUAUUGUUAUUUUCAGCAUUUUUGAAUCAGGGGUUCAUGUCACCAUGCUCUUCGUUGUCCUGAAGACACUUGCAAAGGUUUUUUUCUUUUCAUCACUUCUUGUUUCAAAGAGUGUUUUUUUAAUGUGUUUUUUUAAUGUAGCGAAAUUCAUAAUAUCCCACAAAUGACUCUCCUUUAGCUAAGCAGUAUAUUUAUUCUUAUUACUCCUUUAAAAUAUUUCGCCGUUUCUGAUUAGCUCAAACCCCAGCUAAUUCUUUAAAACCAGCCAACGUUGACCAAAUACAAAAGGCUGCGAGCAAUAUACCAAAGACUCGAUAGUAUAUAUUUGCUUAAAAACGAAGUGUAUCGAUGGUAUAUUUGCCUAGAAAAGAGGUCGCUUGGGAAAAGGUGAACUAUUUUAUGGUUUGACCGUUUUUUCCUUAGGUUGCAAUAAUGUUCUUCAUCCUAAUUUUCGCCUUUGCUCUGGUUUUUCGACUUCUUCUAUCAAAACAAGCAAACGUAAGUUAACAGUCGUGCGAUGUCCUUAAUUAAUACAUCACAUUAGUUAACUAUCAAGGAUAACCCUAUAUGACGUUAAGUUUUUUAACUAACACAGGCAAUCGCUUUAAAUAUGACUCUGAAUGACAGCAAACUACAGGAGGAAAUUGAGCAGGUAUGACACUCAUGUCAUUUCAAAUAAAGUGGCGACAGGGCCGUGAUUUUUGGCGGCUUCAACCUCUUUCGCUAACUGUCGCUACUGCCAUUGAUAACCAAGCAUAUAAAUCAUGCCAUAUGUAAAAAGUUGUUCUUUUAUUUCUUUUAUAUUGUUAUUGCCUAGUACAUAUUUCAUUUAUUUAUGUUUGUAACUAUACUUCCGUUAGUAGGUCCCUAUCAGCUAUUAGCUGCCAUUUCAUUGACCUACGUAGCAAAUAAAGUAUGUAUGUGUGUAAAAUAAGGCAAAAAAUAGAUUUAAAAGUUGAAUUUAUUGGUUUCAGUAUGAACGACAGUUAUUUGUGAUAUGUGCUCAAUCAGAGUGGUAAAGUGUCUUGUUAAGGUCCGAUUCUAAAUUGUAAAUUUAUUUCUUUUGAGUGGGUGUUUUCAAUAACCGAUUACAAAAAUGGCUUUGAUAGUCUACGACCGAGUGUUUACGAAAGGAAAACUCGCGGAGGCGUCAUCGCAGGUUGAUACUGUUCCCCGACCUCUUCUUAAUCCGAUGAAAUUCUCCAGUGAAAAAUGUAACGUCGAAUGGAGGCACACAAUGACAUUCAUGACGUUAAAAACAACAUCUUUUAAAUGUUUAAUCAUACUCGAGGCGUCCCGAAAUGACUCACAAGUAUCCUACAAAAUAACCGCCACAUGUAUCCAUUAGAAUUGCGGCGUACGGAAUCGAUUAUCGCGAGAAAAACGUUAACAAAAACCGAUUACAAAACACUUGAGAAACUUGAGAUUAUUUCAAGGUGGUAUCGUGCACUCCAAUGACUAGGCCCACGUGCGCAUGCUCCAAAAUAACAAAGGGGAAACCCGCUGGUCAGAAUACCAGCAGUUACAUGGCUCCCCAAAAUGUAAGCCUUGCCUUGCAGUUUAACAUCAAUUAUAACUAUCACGAUAACAGUCCCAAACUUAUUUUCUAGAAAAAGCGUUCAUAAAAGUUCAGGCUCCUCGUCGAGGAAUCCCGAUCAGUCUAAAACGAGCUUGGUGACAGGCCAUUCCAAUUUGGAGCCAUUGCUUGUUAGCACUGUUACCUACUAGAAAGGGAUCUAACGUGCGAAGCGUACUCAUUUUCUUCAGCACAGCCUUCUCUUUAUCUACUUCACGGUUACCGUACUUGCAUGGCGUUCGCUUCCGAUUAAAACACUUGUCUUUGUACUUCUUCUACGAUCUCCACUUCUGCUUCCUGUAAGUUGGCGACGUUAAGUUCUGCUCUUGUGGGGGUGUUAGGCUCAGUUCAAACGUCGAACUUUCCAUCACCGAACCUAAUCCCUUCAAUUAAGUACAUGAAGAGAUCGACGUUUGAAUCAAUUAAUUCCGACAUAUUUAACUUGUGUCGAUGAAGUGGUAAUGAAUCUGACCUCUCUAAUCAUAGACCAGUAUCGCUUCUCUCCAUCUUUAACUGUAUCUUCGAAAAGAUAAUGUAUCAUCACCUCAAGUCAUUUACUGAGAAGUGCAAUAUUCUGCAUGAUUCAAAAUAUGGUUUUCGUGAAAAAAGGUCUUCUGAGCGUUCUAUUUUAGACAUAAUUAAUGAAAUCCGUAUUAAAAGGGAUUUCUUAAGACAUAAAACGGUAAAAACGAACGACAAAAUCCGACGUUUCGGAGUAGUCAUGACUCCAUUAUCAAGGAAAAAUGUUUUCGAUCAUGCAAAUUACAGCAUUUAAAGCGAUGUGGCGCGAAAAUUAAUAUAACAGGGUGCGAAGAUUAUGAAAAUACUUUCGCCCGAAUAGGUUCUUAUGAAAAGCAUUUCGUACACUAAACAGUCAAAUUUGUUCCUGCGUUUCUUAAGCACUUCAAAACAUUUCAGCAGGUCCUGAGGGAUCGUCGCGUGCACGUUUUUGCAAUGUUUGGCAAUGGCGGAGGACAGCUGUUCAUGUCCUUUUACACGAUUGUGUAAAUGUCCGCGUGUGUAACCUACAUAGCAUGCAUCACACAGGUCACAUUGGAAGUUAUAAACUACACACUGUUCAUUUACGAUCGGUGGCUUCGCUUCUUUCACAUUCAGUUCUUGUUCAAUUUUGAAACUAACAUGGAUAGAAAGUGUAGUACUCAUUUGGUGUGUUCAUUGACUUGCAAAAAGCCUUUGACACAGUAAAUCAUUGAAUAUUAUUAAGAAAAUUGAAUCAUUAUGGAGUACGUGGAAUAAUUAGUGAUUGGUUUGCAUCAUACUUGGUGGGUCGUCAACAAACAACAUAAAUUGGUCCUAAAAACAUAUCCAAAAAAGAAGUACUGUUCUCGGGUGUGCCACAGGGAUUGUCCUAGGACCCUUACUGUUCCUUAUUUAUAUAAAUGAUAUAUAUAACAGCUCUGAUAAAUUGAAGUUCUACUUAUUUGCUGAUGAUACCAAUUUGUUAUAAUUAUACUGACAAAAAUCUCAAAUCGCUUGAAUCUACAGUUAAUGUACAAUUUUUUAGGGUAUAUAACUAGCUAAUCGCAAAUAGCUUAUCACUAAAAAUAAAGACGUCUAACUUGUCAUUUUUAGACCAAGACAAAAAAAGUUAAACCUUUUCUUUCUCGUUUUUGAACUUCCACGUUCAGCCUCUUCUAGUUUUAUCCUAUUUAAUGAUUUCUAUGUUCCAAAUAAACUGUGCGUACUUAGAGUUACAUUGCCGCUGUCAGUAUUGGUUCUAUACACAAGCCUCAUUGGCUUCCUAUACACAAGCCUUAUUGGCUUCCUUGGACUCCCUUGCCUCAUCUUUUUUUAAAAUUUUAUAUGUAUAUUUUGUGUUUUUUGGCAAAAUGAUAAUAAAACAAUAAACACAAGAAGUCAACUUGAUAGUAUUUGACCAUCAUAACAACUCGUACAUUUCUUUAGAAUGCAAAAAUUAUGUCAAAUAGCUAUGAGUGCUUAUUAAUGACAAUCUUUCAUGGAAAUACCAUAUCGCCCACAUCACUUCAAAAAUAAGUAAAACAACUGGCAUUAUUCCAUACAGCCUAAGAUUCUUUGUGCCCCUGAAUAUAUACAUAUACAUAUCUUUUAUCCAGCCCCAGGGGCGUAGCUAGGGGGCUCCUGGGGUGCCCAUGACCCCCCCCCCCCUUGGUAGGCCUUCUUUUGAGCAAACAACCUACAAUAUUCAGGUGGCGAAAACGCCAUGACAAUAUCUUGGCCGUAAAAGCUAUUGUUGCAAAGCCCACUUUUUUAAAAUUUGUUUUUUUUGUAAGGUAUUUUCGUCAACAGCUCCUGUCUUUAGUUAAUAUGGGCCUUCAUGCCGCGAUAAUACGACUGAGCCCGCUGAUGCACGAAGGAGAGCAGCGGUAUAAGCCAUAUAUAGUUGGCGAUCCCCGGAUGGUGAUCUGGUGAGUAUCCGCUGUGACCCCCCCCUUUGAAAAAUCCUGGCUACGCCCCUGAGCCCUACUUAUUGUACGGCAUAGUCUCUUGUGGCCAAGCUGCUAAAACGUACAAAAACAAAAUUCUUAUUCUUCAAAAACGUGUCCUCCGCUUCAUGUUCUUUGGUGGCUACAAUUCUCAUGCAGUACUUUAUUUUGUCUCCUGGCCUCUAGCUUUCUUCCUUUAGAUCUACUCUACUGACUUUAAAUCCGUUGCUAUUCUAAGGCAAGAUACAUCUACCAGCUUAACACCUACUAACAUAUCUAACUUAUUUGCUUCCCAAGGUAAUAUUCAUUCAUAUAAUACAAGAUCAUCUUCAAGAGGUGACUAUUAUGUUAAACACUCAAGAUUAGACAAACAAACUUAGUCUUUUUCAAGAUAUAAUGUAAAAAUCUGGAAUAGUUUACCGUGUGAAAUGGGUCAAAUGUCCAAAAAUAACUUUAAAAUCAAUGUCCAGGACACUUUACUCCGAAUACUUUCGGAAGAAACUUAUUAUUAAUAUUGAUUUACCCGACUUAAAUAACAAAAAUUUCCUGAAAACUCUGCUUCUUAUAUGAUAUACAUGUACAUUAUUGUAAACUUAAUUGACUUAUAAACAAGGCCACCGUCAGCCUCACAUUCACUCGAAGGCUAGGAUACUAAGUCCACAACUGUAAGAUUGUCUAUUUAAUUUGCAUUUUUUUAUUUAUUUAACAUUUUUUAAAUCUUUUUCUCUAGUCUUACUUGUGAGCUUCUUGUAUAUAUAUAACAUACGUGUAACCACUGCUCGCCUCGACUAGCUAAUGCGCUAACUGUGGGCAGUGGAUAUUGCUUGCUGUAAAAUUUGCAAUAAUUAAUAAACAGUUGACCAAUGAAUUAAGAAAGAGUGGCCCACGUGGGAAUUUCGACUGUGGAGCGACUUCGUUUCAAACGUUGAACUUCUCACCUGUCGAAACUAAUGCAUAAAUUACUAUAAUUUAUUUGCACUGAUAAGCAUUGUUAACCAUUGUACAUCGUCAAAAUUAAUUGAGUCGGACUAAUUAAGUUCGACGUCUAAAUCAACCAUCGAAUUUUUGUCAUCUGGGUCGACCCAAAUAGGUAUGAAGCUGUGCAUGAAAAGUUCGACGUUGAACUGGGCCUUACUGACACACCCUUGUUCUUUCGUUCCAGCACUGGACUCCUUCCCUUUAGACAUUACCUUUUCUCUGAGAUUUUCAUUGUACCUUAGGCAUAGUGCGACAGCUACUUUUGCUUUGUGCCAGCUUGAGAACUUGAGAAGUCUCUCAACUAUGACGUCACUCUCUUUCACUACACAUGUGUUAACCUCAGUGUUUUUUACCUCUGGGAAAUCUGGGUCCACAUUGUCUUUGUAUAUCUCUUCUUUCAGCCAACUGCUGGUAGUUUUUAUAAGGAAGUCAGGAACUUGGAUCUAUUGUUAUUUCUCAAAGAAGUGUCUAGGUGACAUACCCAUUGAACCUUCGUCUGCAGCAUUUGAAGUGGCUUCUACAUAAUGCCACUGUGAGGGGUUGUGUGAUCGUAAAUGAAUUUAACCCUGUUGCCUACAUAGACAUGAAACCGACUGGAUUCGUUAUUUAUAAAGCCUAUGACGACUUUACUGUCCGUCAAGUAGUGAUCCUCAAUGUUCUCAUACUCUACCUCAUCCUUUAGAACAUCACCAAUCUUAACAGAGACUGAGACCGCAGCUAACUCUAACCUUGGAAUGCUGACGGUCUUUUUUGACGUCACUCACGCCUUUCCAAGGCAAACGAGACAUGUAUUUUGCGGUGUUAUUCGAGCUUAAAAAACGAGCACUGUCCGUAACCGCGCGUCGAAGUAUCAGACAUACAGUGGAGUUGUGUCGACAAAAUCUUUCCAAACUCAGAAGGGUUUAAAGCUUCUUAGUGCUUUCAAACUUUCAUCCGCCAUUUUUCCCAUCUGCUGCGGGGAACAUCGUCGACUGGCUCUUCCCAGCCAUUAGUGUGACAGGUGUCUUGGAAAAUCUUCUUUCCAACAAGUAGUACAGGAGCAAUGAAACCUAAGGGAUCGUAAAUCGAGCUGAUGGUCGAUAG